AUGGUGGACGAGUCGGGUCGGUACUACGCUGGUUCUGGCAUGCCAGAUCUGGUGCCUCCGGAGCCUUCAGACUCAGAUCGGCAAGCAUCCCUGGAUCUGUCAAAGCAGCCAGUGGAGAAACUUUUUCGGCUGCUGUACUAUGAGCUCUUCAAGCUGGACAAGAAGAGUGCAGAGCAACGCCUCCCUUUGGCGGAGUAUAGCUCCAUGGCACAGGACAUGGGCUGCCCAGAGCGGAUCAUGGCGAUGUCACAGGAGUCUGAAGCUCUGGCAGAGGAGGUGAAUCAGCUGCAUCUGAAUGCCACAGGCACGUCGGGCCUGUACUGGACACUUCACAAAUAUCCAGAGGAGCACAGUUGGGCCUGGUUGUUGAGCCACACCCAGGACCGUGUGAUGCGAAAGGUGUGGCAGUAUCUCGUCCGCUUGCAGACGCUUGCUGUUCCUGAUGAUGCCCAUUGCGUCUCCGCAAACCUCCGGACGGUUCUCAUGACAGCCAUCACUACCUGGAAGCGUUUACUAGGAGAUCAUGUAGCAUUGCUGUGGAACAGCGUGGCCUUUGGUGUUCUUGGCGAUGUCACGUCCUGGCGCGAUCUGGACGACGAGGGCCAGGCAGCGAAUGAGCCGGGCGGGCCACCUCCCAACGUAAGCUGGUCUGAAAAUCUGAUCUUUGGAAAUAUGUUUGUCUCCUCCGUGCACAAGUUCCUGGACUAUCACUCGAAAGAGAUGGCAGGAAUCGUGUACCAGGAGAUACUGCAUGCUCAGCAUGCCCAGAAGUUGGGUGGUAGAUACGAUUACAGUGCGGGGGAGGAGCACCGGUUGACGAAGAAUGGCGUGUACUCUUCGUUUGAGUACCUGCGCCGUCAGAGCUUCAAUGGUUGGCCUCUGGACAAGGGCUUGAUGCGGGGCUUCCUCCGGCAUUGCCUGAGACCGGGCUAUGGCUCUGCCCCGAAAGUCUCCGUUGGAGAUUUCGGCGCUGGCGGCGGGCAAUACAGCGCAUGGCUCAAUGACACUGGCCUUGUGCAGGCUGCGGCCUUUGACGCAACACUGGCCGUGGCAGACAUCACCGGUGGGGCAGUUCAGGAGGUCAACCUAGCAGCGGACAUUGACCUGAAGCGCAGCUUUGAUUGGGUGCUUUGCACUGACCUAGUUGCAUUUGGAGCAGAGCAGGCCGUCCCGGUGCUGCGCACCAUCAAGAGGCAUGUGCGCGCGGGUGGUGGGCUUCUUUUUAGCUGGGGACCAGCCGAGACUGCAAGCUCAGAGGACGCGCGGCGACUUGUUGAGAAUGAGACGGGCUUCCGCUUUGAUGAGUUGCUCACCGACAAAGUUCGUUCAGGCUGCGACACGAGUCACUUCAAAGCCAGCGUGAUGGCCUUCAAGGCGUGA